AUGGCCCACGAAUGCGAUCACAGGUCGUUCCGAGAGGCCUCAUCUGUCUCCAGCUUCAACAGUCAAAUAUCUGAGGAUAAGGAUCUUGAGGCUAAUGCGAAUGCUCCGGACUGCAUAACGGUCCCCGAUCCUGACCGAAGUAACACACCUUUGCCCAACCACCUUCAGGUCUGGUCGUCCCACACCAUUACCAAGGCUUCUAGCGAUACAAUCCAGGUAGCUGGAGAAUUGACCGGCCAAUGUCACGGACACGAAAGAGUAGAAAAUUGUUCUCUCAAUUCUAUGGGAGUGGAAUUGGACAGGCUAGCGGCACGGCCCGUUUCGAUAGCGGUAACAGGAAAUGAAUCCACCCGCAGACGGAUAUCCGCUUAUCCUCGGAUGAGUACAGUGGGAAACAUCCCAGAAGGGACGUUUCAACAAGGUCAACCGAAAGAGCAGACAAGUAUCAAACCAUCCGUUGAUGAACUGGCGCAAGCGUGGUCAAAGUGCACGGAGCGAGUCUGGGAACAUGAAGAAGGAAUGGUGGAGAAGUGGAAAGAGGAGCUCGCAAGUCUACUCACAUUCGCCGGUUUAUCAUCGGCAGUCAUCGCUUCCUUCGCCUUUCCUUAUUUUCAGUCACUAGCGCCUCAACCUCUGAAUUCUAAUUUGGCCGUGUCAGCUCCAGGAACAAAUGCGCAAGUAUCAACCCAAGCUCUAGUAAUUAAUGCCCUGUGGUUCUCCGCGCUCGUGUUCAGUCUAGGGGCCGCUUCAAUAACCAUGUCAAUCUACCAGUGGCUGAAUCACCACAUCACACGACCUCCUGGCACGUCUCGCCAGAACGUCCGGUUUUGGUACUUACAUCACAAGGCUCUUUGGAAGUGGGGGGUUCCUCAUAUCAUUGACAUCCUGCCGACGUUGUUGCAAAUUUCUAUUAUGUUAUUCUUGAUCGGAGCAGUCAUCUUGCUUUGGUCGCUCAGUAAAGCGGUAGCUGGGAUUAUGCUCAGCUUGGUCGGACUACUGUUCGCGUUCUCCGUUGGUACUUCACUUAUCCCGGCGAUCGUUGCAGAUUGUGCAUACAAGUCUCCGCAGGCUUGGUGGUGGUUCAGGAUAUUGCGUCGGCUGAAACACUUGGCCCAAGGCCCCGUUGAAGUUUUAAGCGUGAAACCAGGGACCUCAUUGAAAGGCCGAAUUCGCAAAUGGCAGCGGCGUUUCGACGCGUUUCGAGUACAGUGUAAGGACUGGAGACAGUACGAGUGGUACCUCCUGCGGACCGCAAAAGAAGGGAAGGAAAAGAAACUCCUGAUGCUCCCAGAGGCGGAUGCGAUGAUCUUUGACAGCUCUUUCCUGACUGAAGUGCUAUGGCCAUGCCUCAAACACAGCGAUACGGAGUCCGCCACCCCCGCAUUAUACAGUGUCCUGCAACAACGAGCGCAAAUACAUAUCGGCGAGAAGUUAUCAGACCUGCAAGGUGACUCAGGGGAGAUCGACCUGCAGGCUGUCACAACGAUGGGACAUCUGUGUGUUGACUUGCUUGUAAAGAUCGCCUCCGAGGACGUUCCCCUGCCUCAGUCGAGUCCGUUACCUGCUCUCAGCUCAUCCCAGCUGAAGGAUCGCGAAAAAGAUAUUCUGGUUUGCCUAUUCUUCCUUCUCAAAGCCAUACCUGAAAACCAGCCGGAUGUCUAUCGUCGGCUUGGUGAGGUUUGGCGAUCUCAGUGGGAACGCGGAUCGAAAAGUUCGCUUGGCCUCAUAUUGAGUAUAAUGAGUGAGUGUGCAGGGAGAUACCAAAGCGAACUAGGAAAGAGUGACUUCCAAGUACUGAUGGAUUGUUUUGCUGCAAUACCGCAAGAGUUAGGUCUAGAAACUCUCUUCAGUGUGGCUACAAACAUUUUGCUCCUGUCGAGGGAGAUGCAUCAGGGGCUAGACCCACCCGAUAUUUUUGCAUGGCGGCGAGACGUAUUGGAUACCGUCCGCGAAUGUCUCCAGGGAUCAAGCGGGGGGAGCAAAUGGUGUCCUAGCAGCACUGAAAAGUCUCAUCCCACUUCGCAUUUUCCGAAUUUCCUGUCGGAAUGUGUUGCAGUGGCGAAAGUCGACGCCGGAAUAUUCGACGCUAAAACCCUUACGGCUCUUGAGCAGUUUGCGGCAACCUGCAAUGACGAGCAUUACAUCAUCAUGGCAAAAAUGGAGCUGUCGGAUUUGCGGAGCCUGGUGGUCCCAGAUGCAGGUGGAGAACAUCAUUACCACUUCUCUCUGUUCUAA